CCUUUAACAUAGGACACACAGAACCGUCCUUUGCGAAAGGCAAGGAGAGGAUACCGUCCCACAAUUCUACAAAUCUGUAACUAUGGAUUUGUCCUCUUCGUCUCAUGACGAACAGACAGAUUUAAUUUAUAGUCAUUAUCAUAAUUACAACUAAGAACUCUACAUGUAUAUUCCUUUCAUGAUAUAUUAUUUCAACAUUUUAGCCUUUUUGUUUUUAUUUUCAACAAUAUCUAUUUUGUUGUUUCCUCUGCGUUACUGAUGUUUAAAUGUUCCCUGUGUAGAAAAUGAAAACAUAAAUUCUGUAGGAGGUGUGAUUCUGUGUUGGACAGAAAUUGAAUUGUAGCUUACAGCUGUACAUGUCUUCCAUGUGUUAUAAAUAAAGUAAAAAAAAAGUUUGUUUAAAAAAAACCCUAGUGUAGUGCUAAUUCCUUAUCAAAUCUCCUUCACAUCUUUCCUUGAUCUCAUGACGUUUUCCAAUGAGGUCAAGGAAAAGUGGUUAGGAAAGGAGUUUUUUUUUUUAUAUAGUAUUCGACCGCAGCCCAGCAGUCAAGAAAGCGAAGAAGAACAGAAGCGUUUGGAAGUAUGCAUGUCUACGCGGUGUGAAAGUGUGGCAAAGGUGAUGUCUUUCUGCCAGCAACAGUGAAGUUUCAAAGUUCAGCCUGCACACCAAAAAGAAGUGCGACAACUUGCACUGCUCGAUCGACAUCAUGGCGAAAUAUAGUCGUGUUUCAGAGUCCGUUGGCUUGAUUACUCUACAAAAUCCGCCUGUGAACGCGCUCAGUGCAGCGGUGAGGCAGGGCAUCGUUGACACGGUGGAGAGAGCACUCAGUGAUCCAAAGGUGAAGUCAGUGGUUAUCUGUGGCCAGAAUGGAAUAUUCUGUGGGGGGGCGGACAUCAAAGAGUUUGGGACGAACAUGUCUGGGCCUCUGCUGGUGCCGAUGAUCCACGCCAUCGAGGCUGCAAACAAACCAGUGGUGGCAGCCAUAGAGGGGAGCGCUUUAGGCGGAGGCCUCGAGUUGGCCCUUGGCUGUCAUUAUCGAAUCGCUCACUCCAAAGCCAGACUGGGUCUUCCAGAGGUGACUCUGGGUCUGCUGCCAGCUGCAGGGGGAACCCAGCGUCUGCCAAGGCUUAUUGGGGUCCCAGCUGCCUUAGACCUCAUCACCACAGGCCGCCACGUCACUGCUGCUGAGGCACUGCAACUCGGAGUAGUGGAUCAGGUUACUGAUCACAGCACUGUGGAUGCUGCUGUAAAGUUUGCCCAAAGUGUUGCAGGAAAACCGCUGGAUGCCCGUCGUAUAAGCACCUAUCCAUGUCCACGCCCAUCUGAUUUGGAUGCUCUGUUUGAGGGAGUGAUGGAGAAGGUGCGACAAAGUGCCCGUGGAGCCAUAGCACCAGUUGCGUGUGUCCAGGCGGUCCGGGCAGCCGCUACCCAGCCCUACACUCAGGGCAUGGAGCGUGAGAAAGAGCUGAUGGCCACUCUCUUCACCUCGGGGCAGGCCCGCGCCCUGCAGUACUGUUUCUUUGCUCAGAGGGCUGUCAGCAGGUGGAGCAUGCCCAAUGGAGCCCGCUGGGACACAAGCAAGCCUAGGCCUGUUCAUAAAGCAGCUGUCAUCGGUCUUGGUACAAUGGGAAGAGGCAUAACAGUGGCCCUGGCUCAGACAGGCUUGUCUGUGAUCGCUGUGGAGACCCAGGAGAAGCAGUUGAUGGACGCAAAGCAGGCAGUGUCAGGUAUGUUGGAGCGAGGGGCUAGGAGACGUGGAGUGGCCCCUGCGCUUGAUAAGAUCAGUUACAGCCAUGACAUCCAGGCUGUAGCAGACGUUGAUCUGGUCAUUGAGGCUGUGUUUGAGGACAUGGGUCUGAAGAAGAAAGUCUUCCAGCAGCUUGCUUCUAUUUGUAGACCUGGUACUUUCCUGUGCACCAACACUUCUGCGCUAGACGUGGACCACCUGGCCUCUCAAACCCACAACCCAGAGCUGGUGGUUGGGAUGCAUUUCUUUGCCCCAGCCCACGUCAUGAAGCUGCUAGAAGUGGUGUAUGGACCACGGUCCUCUCCUCAAGCUGUGGCCACUGCCAUGCAGCUGGGAAAGAAAAUGGGCAAAGUCAGUGUGGCUGUUGGAAACUGCCCGGGCUUUGUGGGGAACCGGAUGCUGAAGCCAUACAUGGAGCAGGCUUUCUUCCUCUUAGAAGAGGGAGCCACGCCUGAGUUGGUAGAUCGAGCACUUGAGGAGUUUGGGUUUCCCAUGGGUGUGUUCAGGAUGUCCGACCUCUCUGGGCUCGACGUGGGCUGGAGGGUCAGAAAGGGGGACGGGCUAGCGGAGCCUGGUGCACCAUCAGGGCAGCCAGCUAGAAUCCGACAAGGCCGCCGGUACAGCCCCCUGGGAGACCUGCUCUGUGAGCAGGGGCGGUUCGGUCAGAAAACAGGCCAGGGAUGGUACCAGUACAACAAACCUGGCAGUCAGGUAGCCAGGUCUGAUCCCUGGCUUCACAGCUUUCUGGAGGGUUACCGAGCCCAGCACGGCCUGGUGGCACGUCGCAUUGACAACCAGGAGGUGCUGGAUCGUUGCCUCUAUGCCCUCAUCAAUGAAGGCUUCCGUAUACUGGAGGAUGGAAUAGCUGCAGGGCCUGAAGACAUAGAUAUGAUCUAUGUGUUUGGCUAUGGUUGGCCCAGGCACCGUGGAGGCCCUAUGUUUUAUGCCAGCAUGGUGGGGCUGGGGAAGGUCCUGGAGAGGCUGGAGCACUACCACCAGGCCCACCCUGAUGUGCCCUACCUGAAGCCCUGCAGCUUGCUCUGGAGGUUGGUGGCCAGUGGCAGCCCACCUCUCCAUAAGUGGAGAGAAGUCAUCAGGAAACUCCACAGCCAGCUUUAAAUGUCACACAUUCCAGCUUUAAUAUCAAUACACUUGGUUAAUGAUGAUCUUACACUACAUUGCGUUUUUCAACAUAAUAAUAAUACUGAUUUAUUUUUAUAUAUUAUGCGUAUGGGUAAUGUAAUAGGAGGCACUUAAUAUCUCUGAUCAGCCAGUGGCCUUCUAAGCCUACACUGAGUUACCAGUUUAUCACGUGUGCAGUCCUACCAAAAUCCUAUCUUUGUGAAGCUAACAGACUUUUUCUUGAUGCUCUGUCAAAAAUGUUAAUUCAACUUGGUAAUAUAUUGAUUGUAUUAUUGUUUCUAACAUUUUGUCUGCCUCAUAUUUGUAAGUGGGGGUGGACAAAAUACUAGAAACAGCUUUGCAUAUAUGGCAACUACUGCAAAAGUUAGAACAGAGCUGACUGAAACAGUGGCAACAGACCUGAAAUUAAAUCAUGAGAUUUUAUGUAAAUUGGUGAUUCAGUAUAUACAAUUAUGUGAAUGUCUUGUUUAACUCUGAUCUGUAAUAACAGAUUUCUCAAUCAGUGGUUUAAUCUGUUGCACAUUUUACUGUAUGUAAAACAUGUAAUAACCCAAAGCUCAUCUAAAUAUCAUCUGAUGCCUCAAUAAAGAAAUGUCAUAUACUUGCAUAUUA